CCACUUUUCACACACUCAAAUCCCAUCUCUCCUUCACACUUUUCACACACACACACACAGAGCCUCAGCUGCAGCUCCAAUUGCGGCGGUGGCAGAGCUAACUCAAUACACAAACACAGCCCACCGUUUUUCAUCGGAGGUUUCGUAUGCUUCCACGAGAAUUUCCGGCCUCCGCCGCCUCCAUCUCCGGCCGAUCAAGAAUUCGGGAAUUAGGUGCUCUGUCACGUCCAAUGAAGUUCAGGCGGCACCGGAGGCGGUGAAGGCGGAGGAAGUAAAGAAGAAAGCUGAGUUUGUCUAACUAUGAUCUCAAAGCUGAGGAGGAAACGAAGUCGUGGAAGAAGUUGGUUAACAUCGCGGUCUCCGGUGCUGCGGGGAUGAUAUCCAAUCAUCUACUCUUCAAACUUGCUUCUGGUGAGGUUCUUGGAUAUGAUCAGCCGAUUGCCUUGAAAUUAUUGGGAUCCGGGCGAUCACUGCAGGCGCUUGAAGGUGUGGCAAUGGAGCUUGAGGACUCGUUGUUUCCCCUACUAAGGGAAGUGAGCAUCGGCAUUGAUCCAUACGAAGUUUUCCAAGAUGCGGAUUGGGCUCUCCUGAUUGGAGCCAAGCCUCGUGGACCAGGCAUGGAGCGAGCAGCGCUACUAGACAUCAAUGGACAGAUCUUUGUCGAACAGGGGAAGGCCCUUAACGCUGUUGCUUCCCGUGAUGUGAAAGUGCUCGUCGUGGGAAACCCUUGCGUGUGGGAUUGUAAAAUUCGGAUGUGUGUGGGAUUGGAAAAUUCAACUCGCCUGGAAGGUUGUUAGAGUGCAAGUCUAGGAACUUAAGAGAAGCAGACAUAUGGUAUGGCUUUUGCAAAUCUUUCAGAAGAUUGGUUCAAGAACCGGAGUUCUGGUCUCCAAAUCCAACAAUCCGAUUGUUUGGCCGGUCCAGAUAUUCCAGUACGUCCGAAUACUUUAUAAACUCGGGGAAAGUCCAUAACUGCUUGAAUUGUGGCUUUUGACAUCAGUAAACAAGUUUUUCGAAAGAUCCAAAUACUCGAGGCUAUGAAGUUGGAAGAAAGAGUCCGGUACAUAUCCCUCUAACUGAUUACUACUCAAAUCUAUUGUAACAACGCUAGAGAAGUUUGCAACGGGAAAUUCUUCAACUAGUCCGGUUGUUGCUAAGACGAAGUUCCAACAAUGAAGGAAGGCAAAAAGCAGAAGUAAGAAUGCCACCACAGAAUGAAUUGAAACCCAAGUUUAAAUAAACAAGAUUGGAAAAACCUCGAAAAAGAGUUGAAGAAAGUGAGCCCGUGAAAGAGUGAUACGAAGUGGAGAUUGUACAAGCACACAAAUAGGGAAGUGGUUUGGCCAAGUAUGCGUCAGCAGAAUAGUCCCUCAAAUGAUGGCUAACUUGGUCAGCUAUGCAAGCUAACCGAUGGAGAGAUAUGGGGGAGACAAAUCAGUAGAUUGUUAGGUUGUUAUUUUAGUUUCUUUAUUCCUAUUUUGUUGCAUUAGUUUUCAUAUAAAUAGAGAGGACCCCAGACGUUGAAAAGCAUCUUGGAUAGAUCAUUUUGUAUUGGACGACGUAGUCGUAGGCCUCUGCGGAGGAAUGUUAUUCUUUUACGUUCCCAUCAAUUCAAAGUGAUCGUUCCUCUUA